CAUUUCUGAUCCACCCCACUUACAGCUCAACAUUGAAGUGAUAUCUAGAGAGAGAGAGAGAGGAAAACCCAUUUUCCAUAUUAACUUGGGUUUUUUUCUCUCAUUCAAGAAAAGAAUCAAAACCCACUACCCUAAACUCUAAAGACUAUUUUUUUUUUAUCCCACAUACAUUUUUUCCUAUAAUAAAUAGUCCCUAUAUUUUUGUACACCCAAUUCUCUAUAGUACUAAUAAUGUGUAUGUAUCUGUGUGUUUGUACAUCAUUUUCAGUCAUUCUUUAAUUAAUGGGUGUUCAAGAACAGUAGAAGAAAGAGGAGAAUAAAAGGCUUUUGCUUUUUCUUGAAUGUGUAAUGUAAUGGGGUCUUGUUGAGUGAUUUCUUAGUGUGUUAUUUGGGUAAUGUUUUGUGUGUAAAAGGUGUUUUGAAGUUGAGAUUUGGGAGUUGAAAUGGAUACUAAAGGGAGGCUUAUUGCUGGUUCACAUAAUAGGAAUGAGUUUGUUCUCAUCAAUGCUGAUGAAGUGGGAAGAGUAACUUCUGUAAAAGAAUUAAGUGGGCAGAUUUGCCAGAUUUGUGGAGAUGAGAUUGAGAUUACAGUAGAUGAGGAGCCAUUUGUUGCUUGCAAUGAAUGUGCAUUCCCUGUUUGCAGACCCUGCUAUGAGUAUGAAAGGAGAGAGGGGAAUCAAGCUUGCCCUCAAUGCAAAACACGGUACAAGCGUAUCAAAGGAAGUCCUCGAGUUGAAGGGGAUGAUGAAGAAGAUGAAUUUGAUGAUUUGGACAAUGAGUUUGACCCUCAACAAACUGCUGAGGCUGCCCUUUCAGCUCGUCUUAACUUUGGUCGGGGCCAUCCUAAUGCUUCCGGGACUGCUACCCCAUCGGAGAUGGAUCCUGCUGCCCUUGGCACUGAGAUCCCUCUUCUUACUUAUGGUCAAGAGGAUGAUACAAUUUCAGCUGACAAGCAUGCUCUUAUUAUCCCACCAUUUAUGAGUCGUGGAAAGAAAGUUCAUCCAGUUUCGGAUUCUUCCAUGUCUUUGCCUCCUCGCCCUAUGGAUCCUAAGAAAGAUCUGGCAGUCUAUGGGUAUGGUAGUGUUGCAUGGAAGGAGAGAAUGGAGGAUUGGAAGAAAAAACAGAAUGAUAAAUUACAGAUGGUUAAGCAUGAAGGAGGUGGUUAUAACAAUGAUGGAGAUGAGCUGGAUCCUGAUUUGCCCAAGUAGGUGUAUUUUUUCCUUUUCUUUUCGUUUCUCAAUCUCUUAAGUGAGCGCUGAUGAUGAUAUGACUUGCUUGUUAUAUUCUUGGCAAUGGUAAUUUGACUUAAGAUUUCUAGCAAGUGCAGACAUCUUAUAGCAUUUUGAGUGAUUAUGUGCUAAAGAAAAUGAGGUGGUGUUGUUGUUACUUCAGUAUGAGGCCAAAAUCUUUGAGGUCCUACAUGUGGAGACAGCCUGUUUCUUAAGUCAUGGAAUUUGGAGCAUUUCAGACGUCUUCUUAGUCUCUAUCCAAGUUUUGGAAUGUUCCAAAAUUAGCUAAUAUUAUCAUAAUUUCACUAAGUACAUAAAUGGAAAUAGCAGCUGUUUUGAGUGGGGAUAAAAUUUAAAAACAACUGAGUCCCCUACUUAAUUGUUGCUUUUCUCUUUUGAGUUGGAUUGGUUUGAGAACUCAUAUGUACUUUUGCUUAUUCAUCAAAUUGAAUCUCCACGCUGUCUUAGCAGCUUUGACUUUGUUU